CGGAGCCCUCUUCUCCAGCCGUCGGUGGAGCGACAGCCUCCCCCACCUCCUCCCCAACCCCCCUGCCAUCCGGGCGGAGACUCAGCCGGCGGCCCGUCCCUCCUUCCCUCCCUCCGUCCCGGCGAGAGCAAGCGGGGAGCCCCGCCGCCCGGGCAGGACGGCCAGAAGCGCUGGGAGCCUCGCCGAGCCCUCCGCCCCUCCCGGCCGCCGCCAUGCGCGAGACCCUCUUCAAGGACAGCUUCUGGACAACAGACUUGAUCAGCACAGCUGGAUACGACAACAUUGUCCAGCACUUGAAUGACGGCCGGAAGAACUGCAAGGAAUUUGAGGACUUUUUGCGAGAAAGGGCUUCUAUAGAAGAAAGAUAUGGGAAGGAGCUGAUGAACCUGUCACGGAAGAAGCCGUGUGGACAGACAGAGCUAAACACCCUGAGAAGAGCACUGGAGGUUUUCAAGCAACGAGUGGAGACGGUCGGCCAGAUCCAUAUGCAGCUAGCCCAGAACCUCAGGGAAGAGGCCAAGAAAAUGGAGGAUUUCAGAGAAAAGCAAAAAUUCCACCGUAAAAAGAUUGAACUAAUAAUGGAUGCCAUUCAUAAAAACCGGAACCUGCAGUACAAGAAAACCUUAGAAGCCAAGAGGCUCUAUGAACAGCGAUGCAGAGACAAAGACGAAGCAGAACAAGCCGUUCAUCGGAGCAGCAACCUGGUUACACUGAAGCAGCAGGAAAAGCUGUUUGUGAAGCUUGCCCAGGCGAAGACAGCCCUGGAAGACUCGGACAGGCUGUAUCAGAAUAACGUCAACGCUCUCGAGAAGAUUAGGGAAGAGUGGCAGAACGAGCAUGUCAAGGCUUGCGAGUUCUUUGAGAGCCAAGAAUGUGAGCGGAUCAACUAUUUCCGGAAUGCUUUGUGGUUCCAUGUCAAUCAGCUGUCUGAAGCUUGCGUCAGGAAUGAUGAUAACUACGAAGAGAUCCGCAAAGCCCUGGAGCAGUGCAGCAUCGGGAACGACAUAGAGUGUUUCGUACAUAUUCGCAAGACCGGCAACAUCCCGCCAGCUCCUGUAGUCUACGAAAAUUAUUACAACACACAGCAGAACACAGGGCCUAGAAGAAGUCAGCCUCCAGUGCCUGGAGACCCCAGAUGCCCAUCCCUUCCAGUGAACCAGGGGAAGCUAACUACGCUUCUGUGGAUGGGUAUAGCUUAAUUCAUCCUCACUAGCCCAGAGAUGAUCUCGGAAUCUUUCCUUCGACGAUGCCUCUAUGAGGAAAAUGGAAUAGCAGCCAUUUUAAAAGCUGUCUCAAUCCCCUUCCUCAAAUGGAGUUUUGCUGAUUUUGGGGGGCGCAUUAAUUAUUCUUUAAAACAAGCCAAAGAGAACAUUUUGGAAAGGUGGAGGAUGCUUCCACAGCAGAAAAGUACUGAGACGACGCUAAUUUUUCUGGCAGAUAACACCAUUAUUUCUGUUGUUUUAUUCCUUUGAAAGAAGGGUGUUCGCAGGAUGUAGUUGAAAAAGUCAAGAUGACAGCUGUAGCAUCCACUGUAUUCUUAGAUCCACAAGUUUACCUUUUUUGGGACCACAUCUUUGGACCGCUGCCUUUUUUAUUCGUAGAAGGAGAGGGGUGUGUGACAUCUAAAGAAUUACACCUAUGUGUGAAUGACCUUGAAAGUGGAUUUCUCGGGAGACAUUGUAGCUUCUACCUGACCUACCUCACAGGGUGGUUGUGAGGAUGGAUCAAGACAAUCCCAUGAUAUUAGCCUUAAUUCUUGGAUCUUACUUAAUUAUGUUAGUUAGAGAGUAGUGGGAAAGCUUCUAGAGUUCUGAUUGCCUCCCCCCCCUUUUUUAUUUUUUAGUUUGCCCCAAAUCCGGUGAAAUCUAGAGCAAAUGGACUCUUCCUGAUUUGUUAAGCACUAAGAAUUAAACACUUAUUUGUCUGCAAA